GCCGAUCUGGACAAGCAGAGCAGUGAUCUUCGAGUGUGGGUCAGUCCAGAAAUAGUCCAUCCAUUGAUCGGAUGGUCCGUACGCGCGAUCGCGAUCGUAUUGUAGCGUGCGCCCGUUUUUUGUUUAUCCGGCCGGACCAUUACCACCCGCUGCUGUUCGGACCCGCGGGAUUCGCCCGGAUUGUUUAUUAUCGGAUUGAUUUACGGUCUCCGCGUUCCCGUUCGCGUGCCGUGCCGAACCGGGUAGUGUACAGUGAACAGAACAGAUAACAUGAUCAGUGUCGCCGGUCAACAGGAUGACCCAUUAUCGGAGGUUCAGCAGUAUCAUCAGCACUUGGGACCGAUUCCGCCGCCGGUGCUGCUGCCGCAGAUUCCAGUGACGGCGGGGCUCUCGCCUCAGACGCAGACACAUCAUCCGCCCUCGCCAACUCCACCGCCGCAGCAACAGCAGCAUCAGCCACGUUACACGCCGUUCAACCCCACCACGUUGGCCAUUCCCAUACCGGAUAGUCUUCGAGUGAAAACUGACUCAACCCGGAUAUGGGGCUGCUGGAAUGAUGCCGAAGCCGAUUCGAUAGGAUGCGUCGAAGUGCUGGCCACCGUCUGCUCGACCAUCCUGAUGGUCCUGACCUUGCCGAUAUCGAUUUUCCUCUGCUUCAAGGUCGUCCAGGAGUACGAACGGGCCGUCAUCUUCCGGCUUGGUCGGUUGAGAUCCGGCGGAGCCCGCGGUCCCGGUGUGUUCUUCGUGCUGCCAUGCAUCGACAACUACUGCAAGGUCGAUCUGCGUACCGUAUCGUUCGACGUGCCUCCCCAGGAAGUCCUGACGCGUGACUCCGUGACCGUGUCCGUAGAUGCCGUCGUGUACUACCGUAUCCGUGACCCGUUGAAUGCCGUCGUCCAGGUGGCCAACUACAGCCACUCCACCCGCCUACUGGCGGCCACCACCCUGCGUAACGUCCUCGGUACCCGAAACCUCUCGGAACUCCUGACCGAGCGGGAAGCCAUCUCGCACUCGAUGCAGGUCACCCUGGACGAGGCCACCGACCCCUGGGGCGUUCAGGUCGAACGCGUUGAAAUUAAGGACGUCUCCCUGCCGGACUCGCUGCAGCGUUCGAUGGCUGCCGAAGCGGAAGCUGCCCGUGAAGCCCGUGCCAAGGUCAUUGCCGCCGAGGGAGAAAUGAAGUCAUCCCGAGCGCUGAAGGAAGCUUCGGACAUUAUGUGCGAAAGUCCGGCUGCGCUGCAGCUCCGUUACCUGCAAACCCUGAGCAGCAUUGCCGGCGAGAAGAACUCCACCAUCGUGUUCCCGUUGCCGAUCGAGCUGAUCGGACCGUUGAUGAACAUCACCUCCAGCAUCACCAGCAAGAUGGCGGCAACUCCGUCGUCGACGGCUACGACGACGGCGGUGGCUGAUUCACGCCCGGGCGAAGUGAUUGACUAGCAUUUAACGAAGGAGUGUAGGCGGAUAUGGCAAUUUGAUUCUUUGUAGGAGCGGUGGGAGAUUGUUGAAACGUGGUUAACCGAUACUGUUUUUGAGAAAAAAUACAAAUGUUAAAGCAAGAAAUACACACAUAUAUGAUAAGUAAUAACAUAACUUAAUAUCGAAACGUGCCAAAAUUAAGCGGACAAAUUAACUUGUGAAUACGGUAAGCAAAGAUUUACGGUAGUUGGUAGCAUAUAAAACUAACUAAAAGCGAUUUUCUAAGCUCUAGGUGUUGUAAAUACAAGUUUACAUAUUGAAA